GUGAAAAGAAGUGAUUAAUUUCCUAAGUGGCUAGCCAGUGGAGAAUGUGGAUGGAUUUGUUUACAGUUAGAAGGACAUUUCAGGCCACUGCUGAUUUGUUAUACUUAGUUAACACUAGAUGUCUGACUCAUCUAUAGUCACACCUACGUAUAUAUAUGAAACUCUGAUGUGCAAUCAUUGAUAUACUAUUUAAAUCGCACAUGGACUUGCCCACACUUUCGGUUUGAGCCGAGUGUUUGACGGAAACAACUAAAAAUGUUUACAUGCGGAAGUCCAUAAUAAUGGUAUAAGAGUGUAAAAAGUUUUCAUGUUACGGUUUUCAUUGAUUUGAGGCCAUUUAAUUGAUAUUUUCUGUGUACACGGCAGAGGAAUUUCUUAUAGAAUUGUUCAUUGACUGAGACAGUUUAACGCAGUGUGUCGCUCCUUUGAAGUGAGUUGUGGACUUUAAAAUUCCUGCGUGGACCGCAUUAAAGAGGUAGUAUAGUGUCAAUCAAACGCUGAGCGUAGAGUCGCGAGGCGGCUACAGCUGAAAGGAAAGAGGGUCCUACACGUGUCUACAGCUACUGUCACGACAAACGCUCACUGACGCGCAGGAAGGAAACUUGUCACCAAACUCGUAACUUUCUACUUGAAAACAUGGACUUAACAAACAUAUUGGGAAACAUACCAGGAGAAAAAAAUUUACAUUGUCAUAUUCGUUGAAAAAUCUCUUGAGGGAUAUACUUUAAAUAAGUUUUGUGACUUUAUGAAAGUUAAAUCAAUUAAAUCAAGAUCAUGGGUGCUAGCAAUUCGCAGAUAGACUCGGACUUGGAUCCCCGAUACAAUAUUGAGAAGAAUUCCAAACACUGCAGUACUAAUUUUCAAAGACUGCAAUACCAUGGAGUCCGGUACCCUAAAGGCAGGCCAGACCCACCAGAGGGCAGCCCCACGGCUCAAAACAUAACCCAGUCCUCUGUAACACUGAAAUGGACACCUCCCUACGGGUGUCCCACCAGUACCAUACUCGCAUAUCAGGUCGAAGUUUGCCGUGUACAGGACAAACGAUGGAAGAUGGUGACAAACUCAUGUCAGGGGAACACUUACGAUGUGAAAAAUCUGGCACCAGGUACAGACUAUAUGUUUAGAGUCCGGACAGAAAAUGUGUACGGAAAAAGUAAACCCAGUGCUCCAUCGGAGGUGAUUAGGACACUCAGUGAAAACCGAUGGAUGACUGCGAGGGAGGACAAAGAAGCAGACGACAGAGGAGUGAGACUGACCAGAAGACACAGCCAUUACAUCAAAGUGGAAAACAGUGUGUCCAAUCUUCUACAGAAGACUGAUAAAGAGGAAGAAAUGAGUGAAGUGGGCACCAUUCCCUUCAAAAGAAACAGUAGCAUCCGGCACUCCCUUCCUGUGCAGUGUGUCCGCCGGACUUCCCCUCUACCUUCCAGCAUACUGCCAGGAUCCCGGCGGGAGAGCGUGUGUAGUCUGAAAGAUAGGGAGUCCAGGAAAUCCAUUGAAGAAUCCUCAGUGUUCACUGAUGAUACUGAUGAAGUGUCAUCUCUAAAACUUAAAAGAUUCUCACUCGCAUCUACAGAGGAUGAUUCUUGUAAAUGCUCAUCUUCUGCAGCUUCGAUGACAUCAAUUCCAGAGGAGCUGAAUGACUCUAAAGGAGAGAAAGACUCGGACCUCUUCAUAGUGAAAACCCCUCCCCCCACCUGGAGGUACAACUCUCAGUCUCAUGAUAUUCUCUCUGCCCCUUACUCAGAUGACACCAAGCUCGCCUGGGUAACGGAUCAGAAAUCUCCACUACCCAAUCAUCUAAACUCAGAAAACACAUCACCAGUGUGGAGAGACAGACCUGAAAAUAACAAAAACCUCCCAGACUUCCGAUCACUUAGAAAUGCCUUGAAUUCUAAUGAUCUCUUAGUGAAAACUCUUAAUGCUGAUAAUAAUGGAAAUUACUCCACUCUCAAUUCCAAAGGCAAGCUUUAUGAAAAGGUCAUUAAAGAAGAAGAUGAGCACAAUAUUUCAAUGGAUAUUGUGUCAAAUGUAUAGUACAUCAAGACAACUAUUCUUGACCCAUAUUUUACGGGUAGAUCGAGCAUAAUUUUAGGUAACUGUGUCAGAAGGAUCCUUUGCUCUAUGUUCACUACAAAAGACAGAGACAGAUUCGGACAGCAUUUUAUCUAGUCUUUUGUUCCGCCAAAUGACUCCAACUAUUGUGCUUAUAAUCCAAGGCUUAAUCACAACAGAUCUAUUUUAUACUUCAUAGUCUUUAUCAUGUACUUUAAUCCUCAAAAAUGUUAUUGAAGAAAAUAGCUGCAUAUUUUGAUGCAUUCAUAUUUCAAUCUGCGUAUUACAUAUACAGGUGCCUUGAUAAUCAGAAAGGAGAAGCAAUUUAUUUAGUUCAAUAUACCACAGCUUGGAUGUUCUCACCAAAGACUAUUUUAAUACAUGUUCAAUUAUUUAUUGUUAUAAAACUUGUGAAACACUGAAAAAAUGACUUUAGUUUUCUAU